CCUUCGGUCCCAUUGAUAACACAUUCAUUCACUGGGAGCCGACUAAAACAGACUAAUCCUUCCUGCAGUCAUUUCCUCUACCUUAAGGCUCCACCACCUCUCCUAGAACUCGGUUCAAGGGAUGCUGCUCUCCUGGCCCUGCCACCACUGAAGCAUCCAGGGGUCCCUGGGGAGCCGACCUGAGAGCAGACACCGAGAGCCAUGAGUCCUCUAAGGCUGCGAGCGUCGAUCUCGCUGCUGCCGCCGCUGCUGCUGCUGGGUGGCUGCCUCCUCGCGGCCGCCCGUAGGAACAAGGGGGCGGCUAGCAGCGCGGCCGAGUCGGCCCCGGGCCCCGCGGGCGGCUCCUCGGGCCGCUUCAUCAGCCCCGAGCGGCACGCGUGCAGCUGGCAGCUCCUGCCGGCCGCCCCAGGGCCCGCACUGGGCAGCGAGCUGGCGUUGCGCUGCCAAGGCCCGGACGGGGCGCGCCACCAGUGCGCCUACCGCGGGGAGCCCGGGCGCUGCACCGCCUACGCCGCCCGCCGCGCGCACUUCUGGAAGCAGGUGCUGGGGGUGCUGCGCAGGAAGCGGCGGCCCUGCCACGACCCCGCGCCGCUCAGGGCCCGCCUGUGCGCCGGCAGGAAAGGCCACGGCGCCGAGCUGCGCCUGCUGCCCCACGCGUCACCACGCACGGGCCCCACAGCGGCGGCGGGCUUCCCCCGGGAUCCCAAGCUCCGGGCCCGGAGCCGGGGUCGGCCCCGGGAGCCCGCGCCCGGCCCGGCCGCAGGGGCCCCGCCUCCCCCGAGCUCACCGCCCAAAGAGAAGCCCUCUGAGAAGACCAAAGGGAGCAAGAGGAAGGCGGCCUCGGACCCGGACGCGGAGCCACCCCUGGGGACCAGAUCCGAUCCCGACGGGCUUGACGAGAACGCGAAGCUCACGGAGACCUACUGUGCUGAGAAGUGGCACUCCCUCUGCAAUUUCUUUGUCAAUUUCUGGAAUGGCUGAGGCUGCGGGCCUGGGGCCGGGGGGCGGGUGUAGGAAUUGGGAGACGAAGGAGGGGUCAUGUGCGCAGCCGGGGAGGGGAAGCUGAAGGCAUCCUAGGCCUCGAGAUACCGAGUAGCCGGUGGGGAUGAUUCCAGGUUGUAGAAUGGGGCUAGGAUGGGGGUGGGGCUUGGGAUGAGCGUGUCAAAGGCUUGGAGAGUCUUUGAGACACCGGAGAAGUUAAAAAAAAAUUGAGUCUGGACCUUGAUUAAGAGCAGAAGAAAUAGUGGAAACAGAAGUAGGCGUACCUGAAAUGUGCAAAAACUAUAGACUGGGUGGAGAGAUGCAUACAGAGAGGCUGAAAAAACAAGGGUCAAAAGUGGCUAAAGUGAUGUGAGUCUCCUGUGAAAAGCAGGAUACAGUAUACACUGUUUAACACACUUAUAUUAAAAUGUAAUCACCAGCAAUGGAUAACCUGAGCCAGGUUGAGUGUUCAGUGUCUUCUCACCUUAUCAGCUGACAAGAUUACCAACCUUUUUCCUCUUUCGAAAAUUACUAUUAACUUGGGUGCUGUUUGGUAUUAUAGGUAUCUAAAGGGAGAGAAGCCAUUCGGAGGUCAAAACUGGGUCCAGUGAAAAGACUUUCAGGAUGACUGCUUUUGAAUUCUUUUAGAAGUACUGCUUUUAAAUGGAGUAAUGCCUCAUGUUCUGAAACUUUCCCAUUAACCUUCUAAAUUCAGAAGUGAAUUAUAGAAGUUGAGUACUCCAGUAGGUUUUAAAAAACAAUUCUGUUUAUACUUGAUCAUAUUUUAAAAAACAGGAAAAAAUGUAGGUAUAUACCUCAGAGUCAUCUGGACCGUUAUGGAAGUCAUAUCUCUGUUUCAUGUAAUUAACUGUUAACAUACUUCAUUUUAAAUAAGAUGUAAUGAUAGACAUUGCACGUGUUAGGUGCUCAAUAAAAACUGUAUGGCUUGAUUUAAAGAA